GGGCGGGAGGGCGGCCGGCCAUGAUCGCGUCGUGCCUGUGUUACCUGCUGCUGCCGGCCGCGCGCCUCUUCCGCGCCCUCUCAGAUGCUCUCUUUACAUGCCGAAAGAAUGUCCUUCUGGCGAAGAGCUUGUCCCCCCAGGUAGAGGGUGACUUUGCCAUGGCCCCUCGGGGCCCCGAGCAGGAGGAGUGUGAGGGCCUGCUACAGCAGUGGCGAGAAGAAGGCUCAAGCCAGGUGUUCUCAGCUGUGAGUGAGGGGCCCCUUGCAGAUAAGGGACUGGCCCAGAGCAGCCUGGCACUCUUGAUGGAUCAGCCCGGGGAACAGGACGCUGCUGCAGAGGACAAGUGGUCCAACCGGCAGCUGAGUGACCUGCGGGCGGAUGAGAACCUGGGUGAGGCCUUCCCUGAAUUAUUAGAAGAGGAGCCACUGCCGGAGGUCGAGGGCCCCCUGUGGGCUGCUGUCCCCAUGCAGAUGGGUCCCCAGUACGCAGACUGUGCUGUGCUUCCAGUGGGCGCCCUGGCCUCAGACCAGUGGGAAGAGGACCCCGCAGUGAUGGCCUGGAGCCUAGCCCCUGACCCUCUGAACCAGGCUGAGACCCCCGUCUGGCCGUUUGAGGGCCUGGGCCAGUUGCAGCCUCCUCCAAUGGAAAUACCCUAUCACGGUGAGUUUGGCAGCCAGCGCCCGAGUGCCAGGGCCUCGGGUUGGCUUACGUGUGGGGACGGCCCUCAGUUCCAGUUUACUCUAAUGUCCUACAACAUCCUGGCCCAGGACCUGAUGCAGCAGAGCUCGGAGCUCUAUCUGCACUGCCACCCAGACAUCCUCAACUGGAACUAUCGGUUUGCGAACCUCAUGCAGGAAUUCCAGCACUGGGACCCUGAUAUCCUGUGUCUCCAGGAAGUUCAGGAAGAUCAUUACUGGGAGCAGCUGGAGCCCUCACUGCGCAUGCUGGGCUUCACCUGUUUCUACAAGAGGAGGACUGGAUGUAAAACGGAUGGCUGUGCUGUGUGCUACAAGCCCACCAGAUUCCGUCUGCUCUGUGCCAGCCCUGUGGAGUACUUCCGGCCUGGCCUGGAGCUCCUCAAUCGGGACAACGUGGGCUUGGUGUUGCUGCUGCAGCCCCUCGUCCCAGAAGGUCUGGGGCAAGUCACAGUGGCCCCUCUGUGUGUGGCAAAUACCCAUGUCUUGUACAACCCACGCCGGGGUGAUGUCAAGCUGGCCCAGAUGGCCAUUCUCCUGGCUGAAGUGGACAAGGUGGCCAGGUUGUCUGAUGGCAGCCACUGUCCCAUCAUCUUGUGUGGAGACCUGAAUUCUGUCCCCAAUUCACCUCUCUACAACUUCGUCAGGGACGGAGAGCUCCAGUACCACGGGAUGCCUGCCUGGAAGGUCUCUGGGCAGGAAGACUUCUCCCAUCAGCUCUACCAGAGGAAUCUCCAGGCCCCACUGUGGCCCAUCUCCCUGGGCAUCACUGACACCUGUCAGUAUGUCUCCUGCCAGCCCAAGAGAUCAGAGAGACGCAAAUACAGCCGAGACUUCCUGUUACAUUUUCGCUUCUGCAGCGUGGCUUGUCAGCGACCAGCAGGCCUAGUUCUCAUGGAAGGAGUGACGGACACUAAACCAGAGAGGCCUGCUGGCUGGGCCGAAUCUAUCCUCGAGGAAGACACAGCUGAGCCUGAGCUUGCCUUUCCCAGGACUGUGGGUACCAUCCAGCACUGCCUCCAAUUGACCUCAGUGUAUACCCAUUUCCUGCCCCAGCAUGGCCGCCCAGAGGUCACCACCAUGCCCUUGGGGCUGGGCACAACAGUGGAUUAUAUUUUCUUCUCAGCCGAGCCCUUUGAGAAUGGGGAUGUGACUGGUCGCGGGCUGCACCGAGAUGGGACCCUCAGACUCCUGGGCCGGCUCUCCCUGCUCUCGGAGGAGAUUCUCUGGGCUGCCAAUGGCUUACCCAACCCCUUCUGCUCUUCAGACCACCUCUGCCUCCUGGCCAGCUUUGGGAUGGAAGUCACUGCCCCCUGACCUGGCUCUCAGGGGAAGAGGGCUUCUCUUGCAGAAGAGCUCACUGGAUUGAGAUUGGAAAUAGCCCAUGCUUCUGGAAACUCAGAUCCAAGACACUUGAAGUCCCCUCCAUUUCCCCUUGGUCCCUUUCCCCCAUGGUUAGAAUUCCCUCAGGUGGCCCCUGACCUGCCUAACUUCUUCCGAAUCCUGUGCCACCUACUCAGUGGCCCUGGGAGAGGCAGAAGGGGGGUCCCCCCUUCCUUCCAUGUAUCCAGCACCCCCUUGAUUUUUAAUUACCAGGGUUGUGGGAGCCAUGGUCUCACUGUUUUUGCUUUCAGGUUGUUUAUUGGCACAGCUGGCCCCCCCAUUUGCUCCUGCCUCCUGACCGUGGGUCCAGCCCUGGGGCCUACCUGGCAUGCAUUCAUGAGCUAUGUGUGCCGUGCUGUGUGGCAGUGUCUUGGGGCAGGAAAGCCUCUGGUCAGCCAUUUUCCACCUUGGGCUGUGGGCCUCCAGGCUGUGGGCACCACCUAGUCCUGUGUGCUGCCAGGCACCCUCUCCUCUUCUCCAGCUUCCUAUAGGCAUGUGUCAUGUCAACCUGGGACAAAUAGACCCCAGAGCCGGGAGCAACAGGUCCAGGACGAAACACCUGUCUCAGUGUUGUCUGGGCCUUGCUGCCAGCUCGCUUGUGCUUUCCCCAGGCACUCCUCAUGAGGCAAAAUCUCACCCCUGCAUGGAGAUCUUUGGGCUGGGAUGAUAGUUUGAGGUGGAAGACUUGCAACAGGAGGAGGAGGAGAAACCGCCAAGAAAGUCUUAUUUUGCUGGGCUUGGCAGUAUUUAGGUGCACCAGGGGAGGAGACCCGGGGAGCGCCAUCAGGCUUGGCAAUAGCCUAGCUGUAGGCUGGGCAAGAGAAGGGACUGGUUCUCUUGCUUCUGCACACCCAAGGAUCAGGGUCCAGCCUUCUUCCCCAACCUCUUUUUGCCUCCCUCCUUCCAAACCCCUUUCUCCCUAGAAAAGCCUAACAUGUGGCUUGGGGCAAACAGACAUGCUUAACACAGGUAGUAUGGCCAAAGCUGUUCCAAGAACGGGAGUGGCAGUGCUUGAGUCUGUGCUUUGCCUACCAGCCUUCGCUGCUCAUGGCCUCCGCCCUCCCUCUCCCAGCGCAGGGUGCUGGUGCCCUAGCUCACAGUGUGUGGCGUGGCCAAGUGCACACUCAUGGCAGGGUUCUGGCAGGACCCUGGACCAGCUCCUCCCGGCCUCCUUUGCACUCAGAGCAGCUGCUGGCCUUGAGUUGCUGUUGCCCACCUGGCCUCCAGCAUGGCCCGAAGAGAAGGGCCGGCAGUUCCCAAGGCUAAGGCGCUCACCUUUUUCUUAAAACCAAAGACCCAUCUUGAAUUCUGCUCCUGCCUUCCAGGUCCAGGGUCUGGAGUCUGUUGAACACACACACACACACACACACACACACACACACAUUGAAGCCUCGGUUGCUGGGGACUGGGCAUGUGCCUGUCUGAGCCCCAGGUCUGCCUGUCCACUGUGACUGUUGAUGUUCCACGUCUCUCCCCUGGGUCCCUGCUGAAGUGGCCUCAAGGCAGUGCACGACAGGGCUCCAUACGGUCCUGCCAGGAAAUGCAGGGGAAGGACCGCUUAAGAGGGCAGAGGGCAGGCAUCUGAUGGGUUUUCUUUUCCUUGUUUUCUUGUUUUGGUUUUGAAAAUUAAAUGGGGGUUUUUAAUGGGCAUUUAAACUAUCUUUUUCCAAAUAAAGGUUUACCUAUUUUC